UCAACUCUGAUUAAAUGAAGAAAAAGAGUGAAGCAGAAGAGAAAAAAAGAAAAAAAGACAUGGGUUCUGCAGGAGCACUAAAGCUUCCAGUCCUAGACUUCACCAAAGAAACUCUAAAGCCAGGCACAAGCUGUUGGCUCAAAGCCUGCACUGAUGUUAGGCAGGCACUUGAAGAGUAUGGCUGUUUUACAGUAGAAUACAAGAAACUAUCUCCAGAGCUUCGCAACAAAGUGUUUGAUUCCAUGAAGGAGUUGUUUGAUCUUCCCACUGAAACUAAAAUGAAAAACAAAUACCAGAAACCCAUGAAUGGUUAUGUUGGACAGAUACCCAAAAUCCCUCUCCAUGAAAGCUUGGGCAUUGACAACGCAACAUCUCUUCAGGCAACUCUUGAUUUCACAAACCUCAUGUGGCCUAACGGAAACCAUCACUUCUGUGAGAGUGUUUUUGAGUAUGCAAAGUUUGCAGCAGAGCUGGAUCAGAUGGUGACGAGGAUGAUAUUUGAAAGCUAUGGAGUAGAGAAGUACCAUGAUGCUUAUGUGGAGUCUACUACUUAUCUUCUUCGGCUCUUGAAAAAUAGAGUAGCUAAAGAGAAUGAGACUAAUUUAGCGUUUGUCACUCACACAGACAAAAGCUUCACUACCAUACUUCAUCAAAAUCAAAUUGAUGGUCUGGAAGUAGAUACCAAAAAUGGUGAGAAGAUCAACGUUGAGUUUUCACCUUCAUCCUUCAUUGUCAUUGCAGGCGAUGCCUUGAUGGCAUGGAGUAAUGACAGAAUAAUAUCUCCAAGCCAUAGAGUGAUAAUGAAUGGGAAGGUUGACAGAUACUCAAUGGGGCUGUUCGGCUUCAACAGUGGAAAGAUACAAGUGCCUCAAGAACUUGUAGAUGAGGAGCAUCCUUUGAUGUACAAGCCGUUUGAUCACAUUGGACUUCUCUAUUUCUAUCGUACGGAGGAGGGUUACAAAGCCCAGUGUCCUGUUAAAGCCUACUGUGGUAUUUGAGUUAAAAUUAAAUUAAAUAAAAUUAAGCAUGAAAUCUGUACUGUUUUAUGAUUAAUUUCAAAUUAAUGAAUGGGUUUGCUGCUUAAUUUCUCA